AAUAUUCGCAUUUUAUUCGAAAUUACAUGCAGGCAUAGAUUUAUAAUUAAGUAUAUUAGUGCAGCCAUGGAUGCGUUUAAAACCAUAUAUCCUGUAUUAGCAGCAGUGUUUGUUAUUUAUGUUGUUUACAAAUUUUUAAAAAAACGUAGUGUUUUAAAAAAAGUUUAUAAAUUGCCUGGUCCUCCGAAACUUCCGAUUUUUGGAAACUUAUUUGAUUUAGUCAACUGUGAUUCAGUGCAACUAUUUGAAAGAUUUCGAGAGUGGGGUCGAAAAUAUUCUCCUCUUUAUUCAUUCGUUGUACUUGGCUUACCGGUAGUAGUUGUCACUGGACCUGAUGAGUUUGAAAAAAUCGCAUCUGGAUCAAAACACCUCACCAAAGGAAUUACUUACACUCUUGUAGAACCAUGGCUAGGAAAAGGACUUUUGACAAAUUCAGGUUCCCUGUGGCAGCAAAGAAGGAAGAUUUUGACACCUGCAUUCCACUUCAGUAUUUUACAGGAAUUCUUAAAAGUGUUUAACAAGGAAACUGCUAGGUUAGUGGAGAUCAUCAAACAAGAAAAUAAGAAAUCGGCCACAAAUAUAGUUCCAUUAAUUUCUCAAACCACAUUAAACACUAUUGCAGAAACAUCUUUUGGAACAACGCUAGAUUUGACCAAAAAAGACGACAAAAAUUAUGUCUCUGCAAUUCAUGAAAUGGGUAAAAUCGUGGUAUAUAGAAUAGUUAGACCUUGGUUCCAUACUUUAUUUUUAUUUAGUAUAUUAUCUUCACUCGGCGCUAAGUUCAAAGAAGCUUUAUCAACGCUGCACAGUUUCACAGACCGCAUUAUACUAGAACGAUCAAGAGAUUUUAAACCUUUUGAAGCUAAUACAGGCGGCGAAAUAAAGACGAAGAAACUAGCUUUUCUAGAUUUAUUGUUGAAUGCAAAACUUUCCAAGGGCAUCAUCGAUGACCAAGGUAUUAAGGAUGAAGUAAAUACAUUUAUGUUUGAAGGACACGAUACAACUGCCACAGGUAUAUCAUGGAUUUUACGUCAAUUGGCAACACAUAGCGAAUAUCAGGAUCAAAUUUAUGAAGAAAUUAUAUCUGUAUUAGGAGAUGCACAAAGACAACCAGACCUGAACGAUCUAAAUGAACUAAAGGUAAUGGAAAGAUUUAUCAAAGAAACUUUACGUCUUUACCCCGCUGUACCCAUAAUAUCAAGGACUUUGGAUGAAGAUACAGAACUCAAUGGAUAUUUGGUUCCUAAGGAGGCGCCUAUUGAUAUCUGGAUUUAUGACAUUCACAGAAACCCGAAAUAUUGGCCAGAACCUGAGAAAUUUGAUCCCGAUCGGUUUUUGCCCGAAAACUGUAAAAAUAGACAUCCAUUUGCUUAUGUACCUUUCAGUGCUGGACCAAGAAAUUGCAUUGGUCAGAGAUUUGCAAUGUUUGAAAUGAAGGCCAUUAUUUGUGGAAUUAUGCAGAAUUUCUCAGUGAAACUAGCUGAUAAAAAUGAAAAAGUUGAAAUAAUGACUGAUUUGGUACUAAGGAGUGCACACGAAAUUAAUUUGAAAUUUAUAUCUCGUACUAAUUAAUUUAUUCGAUUGUGUGAAUUGUAAGGAUCAUUAUAAUAUUUUGUUAUUGGCUGUGUUAUUGUUACUGUAUUAAAUUUUUUUCUUAGAGUUAAAUAUUUUCUUAGAUUAAAAUAUAAUAUUUUACAUGGU